AACCACCAGAGGUACAACCGGCGGCACUACCGGCCGGGUGACAACCACCAGAGGUACAACCGGAGGUACCGCUGCAGAUGUCACCGGAGGUACCGCCGGUGGUGCUGUUGGCCGGGUGACAACCGCCAGAGGUACAAGCGCCAGAGGUACAAGCGCCAGAGGUAUUCUCAGGCAGGUGACAACCACCAGAGGUACAACCGGCGGCACCACCGCGGACGUCGCCGGAGGUACCACCGGAGACGGCAUCGGCUGUGCCGCUGGGGAUGAGACACCCGGAGCUACCGCCGGCGAUACCAUCGGACGUCCCAGUAUGGAAACACCCCGAGCUACCGCCGGCGAUACCAUCGGACGUCCCAAUGUGGAUACACCCGGAGGUUCCACCGGCGAUACCAUCGGACGUCCCAAUGUGGAUACACCCGGAGGUUCCACCGGCGAUACCGUCAGACGCACCGUUGCCGAUACACCCGGAGCUACCACCAGCCGUACCGCCGUUGGUUCACCCGGAGCUACCCCCAUCGGCGAUAACACCGCCGGAGAGACACUCGGAGCCGGUACCACCACAGGCAUCACCCACAGCCCACCCGGCGACCCCCAACCCCCCGGAGACGCCGCCACCGCCGCCGCCGCCGCGGCGCCGGGUGACGCUACCCCGCGCUCCGCCUGUUCCCCCCGCCCGUCCCCGCCGUUCCCCUGCUCGUCCUGCCCCAAAUCGUACGGCACGCUCUCCAAGCUGGCCAUCCACCAGCGCUCGCACACCGGGGAGCGCCCCUUCUCCUGCCCCGACUGCCCCAAAUCCUUCGCCGACCCCUCGGUGUACCGCAAGCACCGCCGGGCCCAUGCCGGCCACCGGCCCCACCGUUGCGCCGCCUGCCCCAAGGCCUACGUGGAGCGCAAGGACCUCCACAACCACCAGCGCUCGCACACGGGCGAGCGGCCCUUCCUGUGCGCCGAGUGCGGCAAGAGCUUCGGCCGCUCGUCCUCGCUGGCCUGCCACCAGCGCAUCCACGCCCGCCGCAAGCCCUACGGCUGCGGGGUGUGCGGCAAGGCCUUCACCCAGCUCUCCUCUUUCCAGAGCCACCAGCGCGUUCACACGGGCGAGCGGCCCUUCCUGUGCCCGCAGUGCGGCCGCAUGUUCUCCGACCCGUCCAGCUACCGGCGGCACCAGCGGGCCCACCAAGGCGUCAAGCCCUACGGCUGCGCCGAGUGCGGCAAGGCCUUCCGGCAGCCGGCCGACCUGGCGCUGCACCGGCGGACGCACACGGGCGAGCGGCCGUGGCGGUGCGGGGAGUGCGGCAAGGCCUACAAGGCCUCGUGGGACCUGAAGCGGCACCGGCUGAGCCACAGCGGCGAGAGGCCCUGGCGCUGCGGGGAGUGCGGGAAGGGCUUCGGGGAACGGGCGGCGCUGGGGAAGCAUUGGAGGACGCACUCCGGGGAGAGGCCCUACAGCUGCGGGCGCUGCGGGAAGGGAUUCGGCGGAGCCUCCGGGCUCAGGAAGCACGAGAGGACGCACGGGAAAGGGGAGGAGGAAGGGGACAAGAUGGCCGCCGCCGCCACCGCCGUGGGGGUGGGGGGAGCCGGGGGGGGUCGGCUCGGUGGCGGUGCGGUCGCUGUUGGCCAACCUGGCGCUAAUAUGGCCGCUGUUGGACAGCUUGAACGCAGUAUGGCCGCCAGCGGCCAACCCGGCCCUAAUAUGGCCGCCAACGUUGGCCGUGACAUUGGUGAUCCCAACAUGGCCGCCAGCGGCCAACCCGGCCCUAAUAUGGCCACCAACGUUGGCCGUGACAUUG